AUGAAGGACUACAUCGAACUGUUGAUCAAGGGCGCGCUGGCGUUCCGUCUGAUCUGGCAUCUGCUGCGACGGUAUCAGACUUCCCAAUUUGAGCGGAAAUUCGCCCUUGAGAACGGCUGCGAGCCACUGCGUCCAUGGAGCGCCAAGUGGCCCAUGGGCCUUGACCUACUUGUAAAGGUAUUCCGAUACGCGCGAGAAGAGCGAGUUCUGCGCUUCUUCGUCGACGUGAUCGGCGACUCUGGCAACACGUUUGAGCAGAGGCUGCUUGGAGUGACCGGCAUCGACACAAUUGACCCGGAAAACAUCGAGACUAUCCUGUCGACCGACUUUGAAAAUUUCACGCUCGGGCUACGUCCUGCGCACUUCAAGCCCCUUUUGGGGUCUGGCAUCUUCACGCAGGACGGGGCUGCCUGGAAGCAUUCCAGGCAGCUGUUGCGCCCACAAUUCGCCUCAAAUCGGCGUCAGAACUUUGAGCAGAUUCAACGCUGCGUGCAGGGCAUCAUCAAUGACAUCCCCGAGAAUGGCGUGGUUGAUCUGCAGCCACUCUGCUUCAAGCUUACUUUCUCCACCACCAUGUUCCUCCUCUUCGGGGACGCUGUCGAGGCAAUGGACUGGGGCAAGGUGGUUGGCCAAGAGUCGAGAUUCUCCGCGGCGUUCAGCCUAGGCCAGGAUUACCUGGCGAGCCGAGGCCGUCUUAAUGGCCUAUACUGGCUCGUGAACGACAAGAAAUUUCGCGAGGCGUGCCGGGUGUGUCAUGAAUUCGUUGAUGGGGCAGUCGCAGACGCGCUCGAGGAUUCCGAUAAGAAGCGAGCCGAGAAAGAGGAGAGUUACGUCUUUAUAAAGGCACUUCUUCAGCAGACGCGAGAUCCCAAGGUCCUGCGUGACCAAUGCCUGAACGUCCUACUGGCUGGGCGAGAUACCACGGGCUGCUGUAUGGCGUGGUCCUUUCGACUACUUGCUAGACACCCUCAUGUUCUGAGCCGGCUUAGAGGAGAGGUUGCAGAGCACGUUGGAACCGGACCCGAAGCGGCGCUUCCCACACGCGAACAACUCAAGAAAAUGACAUAUCUGGGCCUCGUCAUCAAAGAAGUUCUGCGUCUGUACCCCUCCGUGCCCGUCAACUCUCGAUCGGCCAUCAACACAACGACCCUCCCGGUCGGUGGUGGCCCAGAUGGCAGGUCACCUGUCCUUGUACCGGCUGGUACAGCUGUGGGAUACUGUGUCUACGCCAUGCACCGGCGAAAAGAUCUCUACGGCGAGGACGCAGACGAGUUCCGGCCCGAGAGAUGGGAGGGCGAUAAUCUGAAGAACAUUGGAUGGGGGUAUCUACCCUUUAACGGAGGGCCCCGCGUCUGUCUUGGUCAGGAAUUUGCUCUUCUCGAGGUUUCUUAUACUCUCGCGCGGUUUGUACAGCUGUUUCCGAGGAUGGAGGUGUCUGACAUGGAGUCCGAUGUGAGAAUCGGCGAAGAGAAACAAACCUUAACGCUUGUUGUGAGCUGCGCUGAAGGGUGUAAUUUGUCGCUCAGGCGCAAGUAGAAGAUACGUCCGGCGUCGCUGGGAGAUACUAUCCGCUAGCAGGGCUUGAGCGAUAGGGAUCCCUGUGUAUCUAUAUCUGAUGACAUUAUACAUCUUGUACCGAUAAAUUGAGAAGAAUUCCAGUCGUCAAAGGAAAUAUCCGAGGUUGACUACUUAUAAAGGAACGGUGUUGAGCUAUGCCUCCAGUGUAUAGAUGUUUGGGGGUUCUACGACAGUCUUGGCUGGAAUGGCUCUUGGAACAGACAGUAGCAAGAAACACCAUUACUAUGUAUCUCGGGAACUGAUAUAUCUUCCAGGCAUGGAUUUCUUAUAUCAGGAAGCCGCUGCUCUCUUCUUAAAGACACCUAUGACCUCAAUAAUCUUAGCCAGCGUAUCGUCCU